CACAGAGGCGGAGUCUUCGUGUGACAGCGCUGUCAUUGAUAACGGCGCCGCGCGCUCCCGCGGUCCCCGCAUUCGGUGGCGGGCGUCGCUUUAGUUUCUGCGCGCAGCUGCGAUGGUGGAUGUCCGCUGAGAGGGGACUUGUCCUCAAGACGGAUCCAGGGAGGAAAGAGCAGCCGAUUCCGAAUGGGAGCCGCGUUAGUGGGCAGGACAUGUUGACCGGACAGAGACUGUGUCGAUCACAGUCUCACCAGGAGUCUGUCCUCGCCGCUCUCAACCAGCAGAGGAAAGAAGGACUCUUCUGUGAUGUCACCCUCAUCGCUGGGCAGCAGAAGUUCCAUGCCCACAAGGCGGUCUUGGCAUCAUGUAGCGACUAUUUCCGAGCCAUGUUCAGUCUUUGCAUGGUGGAGAGUGAGGCACAGGAGGUCACCCUUCAGGGAGUUACCAGUGAGGGACUGAAGCAGUCACUGGACUUCGCAUACACGGGACAGAUCAUGCUUGAGCCAGGUGUGAUCCAGGAUGUUCUGUCUGCAGGAAGCCACCUUCAGCUGCUGGAGUUGCUCAGCCUUUGCUCCCACUACCUCAUCCAGGAGCUGAACAGCCUGAACUACCUGGAGCUGUACCGUCUAGCAGACCUCUUCCACCUGCCGGCCUUGGAACAAGCUGUGGUGAGCUUCCUGGUGGAGCACCUGUCUGAGCUGGAGCACUCGAACCAGGAGGAGAUGCUGCAGCUGCCCUAUCGCCUGUUGAGGGAGGUGCUGAAGAGCGACAAACUGACAUCGCUCGGCGAAGAGCAGAUCUGGCUGCUGGUGGUGCGCUGGUUGGAGCACGAUUGCCGGUACCAGUACAUGGAGGACAUGCUCCAGUGCGUUCGCUACGGCCUCAUGGAGGUGUCCGUGCUGCACCGCCUGGCGUGCUGCCACCCGAUGGUCCAGGCCAGUGCUUCGGCCGCCGCGCUCAUCAACGAGGCUCUCGAGUACCACCGCGGUGUCUUCGCACAGCCUCUGCGCCAGACAGCGCGCACGCGGCCCCGCUUCCGCUCGCUCACGUUGUACGUGGCCGGCGGCAAGAAGCGCGAGGUGUGCCGGGUGCGAGAGCUGCGCUUCUUCAACCCCGCGGAUGGGGAGCACGCGCAUCUUGCCGGCGGCUCCAACUGGGGCGAGCUAGCGCCCAUGUCCACCGGGCGCAGCCACCACUGCGCUGCUGUCAUGGGUCACUUCCUGUUUGUGGCAGGUGGAGAGGUGGAGCACGCCACGGGCAGGACUUGCGCCGUGCGCACCGCCUGCCGCUAUGACCCGCGCUGCGACAAAUGGGUGGAGAUCGCACCCAUGAAGACGUGCCGGGAGCACUUUGUGUUGGGCUCCCUCGGUCAGUUCCUGUACGCUGCCGGCGGCCGCAACGAGCUCAGGCAGGUGCUGCCCACUGUGGAGCGCUACUGCCCCAAGAGGAACAAGUGGAUGUUUGUCCAGCCCUUCGACCGAGCGCUGUCCUGCCAUGCCGGCGUCGUAGCGGAUGGCCUGCUUUGGGUUUCAGGUGGUGUUACAAACACUGCCCAGUACCAAAACAGGCUCAUGGCAUACGACCCAGUCAAGGACCAGUGGCUCACCCGUUGUGCCAUGCUGCAGAGGAGAGUGUACCAUGUGAUGGCUGCUGUGCGGCGCCACCUGUAUGUGCUGGGUGGAAAUGACCUCGAUUUCAACAACGACAGGGUCCUCGUCCGACACAUAGACUCUUACAACAUAGAUGCUGACCAGUGGACACGCUGCACCUUCAGCCUGCUUACAGGGCAAAAUGAGUCAGGAGUGGCUGUUCAUAAUGACAGGAUUUAUCUUGUCGGUGGAUAUUCCAUCUGGACUAAUGAGCCCCUGUCUUGUAUUCAGGUCCUUGAUGUCAGCACAGAAGGGAAAGAGGAAGUGUUCUAUGGGCCAACGCUCCCUUUUGCAUCCAAUGGAAUAGCGACAUGUUUUCUUCCUGCCCCCUACAACACCUGCCCCAAUCUACAGACACUGCAGGUACCCCAUCACCGAAUUGGAGCUGUGUAGGGUGACUUCUUCACUUUUCU